AGUAUUUUGUGUGAUAAUCUACAAUGUCUCGGCAAUUGUAUACUGUCAAGGAAUCGGAUGCCGUCACCAUUAAUGCCGUUACCAAUAAUAAUAAUAAUAAUAGACAACCACUUGAUCUGAAUGACAAUGUCCGGGCCAUCAGCUAUACGGACAAGUAUGUGGACACACGUGGCUCAGGAGGAGGAGGAGGAGGAACUGGUGGUAAAGGUAAAGGUGCUGCCGAUAAAUCAUUGGCCAAAACUGGUGGCAAAAAAGGCCGCAAAAAGGACGAAAUGGACAAACUUAAGUCGGAAGUCCAAAUGGACGACCAUAUUAUACCGAUGGCCGACCUGUGCCGCCGUUUGACUACCAAUACGGAAACGGGUUUAUCGCCCGGUUUGGCCAAAGAGAUACUCCAUAGGGACGGACCUAAUUCGAUAACACCGCCAAAAAUCACACCCGAAUGGGUUCGGUUCCUACAGAAUAUGUUUGGCUGGUUUAAUAUACUACUAUGGAUCGGAUCGGUACUAUGUUUUGUUGCCUAUACCAUCCAAGUAACAACAUUGGAACCCAUGGAAGUACCGCCAGAUAAUCUCUAUCUGGGUAUAGCACUGGGAGCCGUUGUAUUCAUAUCCGGCUGCUUCUCCUACUAUCAGGAGGCAAAAAGUGCUAACAUAAUGGAUUCGUUCAAAGAUCUGAUACCCCGAUCGGCUACUGUCAUCAGAUCCGGUGCCAAAAUGAACUGUCCGGUCGAGCAACUGGUUUGCGGCGAUCUCGUCGAGAUUAAGGGCGGCGAUCAGGUGCCGGCCGACUUACGUAUCGUCAAAUCCCAGGGACUCAAAGUAGACAACUCGUCAUUGACUGGUGAAUCGGAACCGCUGUCCCGUACCCUAGACUGUACCCAUGAAAACCCGUUAGAGACAAAAAACUUAGCAUUUUUCUCGACUAACUGUGUCGAAGGUACAGCUCGGGGACUAGUCGUACGUACCGGCGAUCGUACAAUAAUGGGACGGAUAGCCAUACUGGCUGCCGGUCUCGAAGCCAACGACACCCCACUAUCGCAAGACGUUAGCCGUUUCCUAUCGGUCAUAACGGCUGUAUCGAUGUUUUUCGGUGCCCUAUUUGCCAUCACAUCCUACCUAUUAGGCUACUCGUGGCUAAAUAGUUGUAUAUUUUUUAUCAGCCUAAUCGUAGCACAGGUACCCGAAGGCCUACUACCAACAAUGACUGUUGUGCUAACUCUGACGGCCAAACGUAUGGCUGCCAAAAAUUGUCUGGUCAAAAACCUACAGGCCGUCGAAACCCUCGGGUCAACAUCAACCAUAUGUACCGAUAAAACCGGUACAUUAACCCAGAAUAAGAUGACUGUUUCGCAUUUGUGGUGCAAUAAUACUAUUAUCGAUGCCGACAAUCUGAUUGGCCAUCAGGACGGUACCAAAGUCGACAUGGACUCACCCGCUUGGAAAGCCCUGGUCCGGGUGUGCUGUCUGUGUAGUAGAGCCGAGUUUACCGCUGGCCAGUCCAAAGUGUCACCAUUGAAACGAGAAACCAUUGGCGAUGCCUCAGAGGUGGCUAUAUUGAAAUAUAUGGAAAUAAUUACCGGCAAUGUUGACGGCUAUCGGCAACGGCAGCCAAAAGUAUUUGAAGUACCGUUCAAUUCGACCAACAAGUAUGCACUGGCCAUUAGCGAGUGUCGCGGGGAUAAUGGUCACUAUCUGUGCAUGAAAGGUGCACCCGAACGUAUACUGGAAAAGUGUAGUACAAUCAUUGUAAAGGGUGGCCGUGAGGUACCGCUUACCGAUUCGGUUAGGCAACAGUUUCAGCUGGCCUACGAAGAGUUGGGCAGUCUAGGGGAACGGGUUAUCGGUUUGUGCGAUAAGUUUCUACCCGUCGAUCGUUUUCCCUAUGAUUUUCCGUUUGACGCCGACGAUACCGAAAACUUUCCGAUGACUGGCCUCCGAUUUGUCGGUGUCGUAUCAAUGAUCGAUCCGCCGCGACCAGCCGUUCCCGAUGCAGUAGCCAAGUGUCGCCAGGCGGGCAUCAAAGUCAUUAUGGUUACCGGCGAUCAUCCGAUAACCGCCAAAGCCAUUGCCCGGGCAGUCGGUAUUAUAUCCGACGAGAACGAAACCCGCGAGGAAAUGGCCGACCGGUUGGCCAUCGGUGUCGACAAAGUUGAUCCCACUCUAUGCAAAGCAGCGGUAGUUCACGGCUCGCAACUCAAAGAUUUCACGGCCGACGACUUGGACCAAGUAUUGGCCAAUCAUACGGAGAUUGUAUUUGCCCGGACAUCGCCCCAACAAAAACUCAUAAUAGUCGAGGGCUGUCAACGACAGGGUGCCAUUGUGGCCGUUACCGGUGACGGUGUCAACGAUUCACCGGCACUGAAAAAAGCCGAUAUCGGUGUAGCAAUGGGUAUCGCUGGCAGUGAUGUUAGCAAACAGGCGGCCGAUAUGAUACUAUUGGACGACAAUUUUUCGUCCAUUGAAACCGGUAUAGAGGAAGGUCGGGUCAUAUUUGAUAAUCUGAAAAAAUCCAUAUGCUAUACACUAUCGUCAAAAAUGCCCGAAAUGACACCGUUUGUCGCCUUUUUCCUGUUGGACGUACCGCUGGCAUUGGGUGCCAUAACCAUACUGUGCAUUGAUUUCGGUACCGAUAUGGUACCGGCCAUAUCCUUGGCCUACGAAGGACCCGAAUCCGAUAUAAUGAAACGUAAACCGCGUAAUCCACGUAAGGACCGAUUGGUUACCGAAAAAUUGGUGUCGGUAUCCUAUGGUCAGAUGGGUUUCUUUCAAGUGGCCGCCGGUUUCUAUGCCUACAUAGUCAUAAUGACCGAAAACGGGUUUUUCCCGCAAACCCUGUGGGGCAUACGUAGCCAAUGGGAUUCAAAAGCGAUCAACGAUCUAUCGGAUACAUUGGGACAGGAAUGGACCUAUAGUCAUCGCAAGAAACUUGAGUACACCUGUCAUACGGCUUUUUUUGCGGCCGUAGUACUGACCAAAUGGGCGGCACUGGUAUGCUGUAAGACUAGACGACUGUCCGUAUUUAGCCAGGGAAUGAAAAAUCAUGUCCUAACGUUUGCCAUGUUUUUCGAGUUGGUUUUAGUAGUAUUCCUAUCCUACUGUCCCGGACUGGACAGGGGUCUCAACUUUUAUCCAUUAAAGCCCCUGUGGUGGCUAUUGCCCCUACCGUUUGCCAUUGUAUGCCUGAUCUAUGAUGAGCUAAGAAAAUUGAUAAUUAGGAGGUGUCCAGGAGGUUGGCUGGAUAAUGAAACCUACUAUUAA